GCGGGGCGGGGCCAAAUCUUAAAGAGUCGGAAACCAAGGGCGACCUGGAGGAGGCCACGGCUGCAGAGAAACGCAGGGAAGUGAUGGCACGUGGCCCCAUGUGGGUUUCUUUUAAAUCUUUAAUGCCUAUACUCUAGUCUCAGGCCCAUGGAGCCCACGCGAGACUAUCCACUGUUCGGGGGCGCCUUCUCCGCAACUCUCCCUCCGGGUGCCAUUGACGUAAGCGACCUCCGACCGGUCCCGGACAAUCAAGAAGUUUUCUGCCAUCGCGUGACAGACCAGAGCCUGAUAAUCGAACUUCUAGAGCUGCAGGCCCACGUGCAGGGCGAGGAGGCUGCCCGGUACCACUUUGAAGAUGUUGGCGGGGUGCAAGAGGCUAGGGCUGUGCAAGUGGAGACUGUGCAGCCCCUCGUUUUGGAGAACCUGGCCCUGAGGGGCUGCUGUCAAGAAGCCUGGCUCCUUUCUGGCCAACAGCAGGUAGCUAAAGAAAAUCAGCAGGUAGCCAAGUAUGUGACAUUGCAUCAGGCCUUGCUGCGGCUGCCCCAGUACCAGACUGAUCUCCUGCUCACCUUCAAUCAACCCCCCCCUGAGAAUAGGUCAUCUCUUGUCCCGGAAAAUCUGUCAAUUCUGCCCUGGAGCCUGGGUGACUUUGAACAGCUUGUGACCAGUCUGACCCUUCAUGAUCCCAACAUCUUUGGUCCCCAGUAAGGAUGCUGAAAUGCUGCAUAAUGCUUCUGAAGACCUGGGGCUUCUGUUCUGCAAGGGGAAUAAAGGGUUGGAUAUAUUCCCCUAAUUCCUUUCCAGUGCAUAAACACAAGACACCUCCUCUCUGCAGAAAUAAACUUGCUUUAUAACCAAUAUAA